AUGUAUUAUAUAGAUUCGCAAAGAACUGUGACACGCCGCGAAAGCUCUUUGGUACUAAGUGGAGUCACUCCUAAAAGCGAAAGGCUGCAUUCUGCACGCGUACACUCAACAACACAUUCAAUAAGUGAAUCGGGAGUAUCUGUCGGUCGCAAGGCCAGAGGUUCUGUAAGAAAAGAAAUUAUUACGUCGCUUUUCGAAUCAAUGCUAGAUAAUAUUGUAGAAUCUUGGGAAGUGAUUGUACAACGUCGAUUUGACGUUCCUAGUUCAGAAGUAUGUAAAACCACCAGUGAAUUGCUGGGCACCAGCAAGAGAAAGAAGUCGAUAGUGAAACAAUCUAAAACAAAAAAGAGCCAAUCUAAAAUUGAACUCAGCGACAGCCCCCAGUUUUACAGAGGUGAAUGGAAAAAUGGAGUAAUGUCGGGAUAUGGAAUUUAUAUUUGGGAUACAUAUUAUAAUAACUCAAUGUCUUGUCCCUCUAUAUGCGCGUAUCACGGUUUUUGGCAUCGUGGAAAACGUAAUGGCUUUGGUGUACUAAAUCUUGGCUUGGGCCUCGGUUCUUUUUAUAGAGGAGAAUUCGCAAAUAAUAAGAAAGAUGGUGCAGGAAAAUUUGUCACUAACAAUGGGCUAAUACUGCAACAUAAAAGUUUAUUUAUCGAUGACAAUAUUAGUCCUUUAAACCAAGAAGAAAAAGAAAAAGAAUUUAAUAAAUUGGAGGAACGUUUAUACGUUUAUACGUUUGAUAUUUGCGAUAGUUCCGUCGGACUCAUUUACCAUAUUGAACAAGUAAUUAAAAACAUUGAUAAACAUGCAGAAAUAAGGACUAAAAUUGUCAAUGAAUUCAUAGAAAAUAACAAACAAUUCAAUAUUUCGCCAGUUUUUAAGAAGGAAACCCAAGAAAAUAUAAAUGAAUUUAGUUUUGAAGAUUUAAUUAAUUUUGAAAUCAGUUCAUUAAGUAAAUCAUUGAGAUGCUAUGAAUCAAAUUUAAAGAAUAUUUACUAUCAAUAUGCUACGAUAUGUAAUAAGGAAGAAAUACAUUUCACGCCAAUUCUUAUUCGCUUAUAUUUAUGGCAGCUAUAUUUUGACUGUAAUAUACACUACAAAGGAUUAAGUCUUGUUGAGAUAGAUAAAUUAUUUCAUGAAAAUCCAGAAUGGUUGUCGAAGAAUCCUCAUAAUCCGUUUGAAAAAAUCUAUUUCUGGCAGUUUCAACACAGCCUAAUAACGGUUGCUAGUAAACUAUAUGCAAAAAGACAAUUACCAGGGAGGAAACCAGAUACUAUGUUAGCAAAGGCAUUCAGAAUUUUUAUGGAAAAAGAUAUUUUGCCUGGAGCUGGUCGUAAGAGAGGAAAGCUUGUUGGAAAUUAUGGAAAUUUCGUGCCAUUAAAAAGCUUAUAUAAAUUAUAUCGUAAUCUCGGUGAGCCAUGUAAGAUACGCACGUUUCUAAGUUCAGUACGACCACCACCGCAUUACUCGCAGCCGCAACCUGUACUCAUGGAAGAUGAUAACCCUACUUUGGGAAGAAAUGCUUACAUAUUUGGAGAUGAAAUUACAUUUACGUCUGAAUACAUUAUAGAUCACAUGGAGCCUAAAACGAAAUCAUACCAAAAAUUAUUUAAUAUUAGUAACCUGUCUACAAAAGCCAUUAUAAAAAUAUUUUCUCUAAUAUUCCCCCAAAUUUAUCAUACCGAACGUAUAAUGGAUUUAAAUAUAGAAGUCACAUUUUUUGAGUUUUUUGAAGCGUUCAUCACGUGCGUGGAAGAAAGUAUACGUGUAACCAAUGAUGAGAAUCGAUUACAAGAAAUAUUUCCUCUGUAUACUAACACUGAAACUCAAACAAUACCUAAAAUUAAUAAAACU